AUGGAGAGGAUUCAGAAGCCCUUUCUAUUAGGGUUGAUCGGAAUAUCCAUAAUCACGCAUCUCGGUAGAGCUCAAGAUCAGAAAGGACUAUUCAUCAGCUUGGAUUGUGGGAUGAUAGGUAACGAGUCCAGUUAUACUGAAAAUUCCACCGGAUUGACUUUCACAUCGGAUGCUGAUUUCAUCCAUAGGGGAAAAAGUGGCAUUAUCAGGAACGACAAAGAGUACCUAAAGCCAUAUAAACAUUUGAGAUAUUUUCCCGAAGGAACACGGAACUGCUACAAUUUGCCGGUCAUCAAGGGCACAAUUUAUCUUAUCAGAGCCGUUUUCUUAUAUGAAAAUUAUGAUGGCCUUAAAAGAAGUCCCCUAUUUGAUCUAUCUCUUGGUCCUAAUUUCUGGGUAACCAUAGAUAUGGAAGAUCAUAGUUCUUACGGGGUAAGGAUGAACUUACCCGGUGGCAUCAUGGAAGAGAGCAUUCACAUGGCAAAUUCAAACUCUUUGGAUGUUUGUCUCGUUAAGACAGGAGAAGGUACACCAUUCAUAUCAACCUUAGAACUAAGGCCUUUGAAAGAUGAUACCUAUAUUACUGACACCGGUUCACUAAGGCUCUUAUCACGGGGGUAUUUCAGCGAUGAUGAAAUCUUCGUACGGUAUCCUGAUGAUGUUUAUGAUCGUGACUGGGUUCCAGAGCGUUGGCUUGAUGCGAAGCAAAUAAGCACCACCACCCCAGUAGCUACGGAUAGUGAAUUUGAAGUGCCAAAUUCUGUGAUUUCAAAUGCUGUCAUACCCUAUGAAAUCGACAAGCCAUUAAUAAGCAAUUACUGGCCUUCCAAUAACCCGGACCAGCGAAUUCACCUGUAUCUUCACUUUGCUGAUAUCCAACCUUUAAAGAGAAACGAUUCCAGAGUGUUCAACAUUUUAUGGAAUGAUGAUAUAGUUUACAAAGAUUAUAGUCCUGGAGGGUUUUAUGUAUCCAGUGUAGCUUUUACAACCCUGUCUAAAUGCAACACGUUUGGUUGCCAGAUAAAGCUAGUAAAAGCUAAGGGGUCAACUUCACCACCUCUGAUUAAUGCCGUCGAGAGUUACGGGGUGAUUCCGCUUCUUCAGCCAGACACAUAUGAAGAUGAUCGUAUGGACCUAUCAAAUAACAAUUUCAGCGGAGGAAUACCAGAAUUUCUUGCUGACAUGAAAUUCUUGACUGUCAUAAACUUGAGUUGGAACAAACUGAAUGGCUCAAUUCCUAGUUCGCUUCGUGAAAGAGAGAAGAAAGGGCUAAAGUUAAUUGUUGAAGGAAUGCCAAACUUUUGUUCGUCCCCUUCAUGCACUAAAGCAAGUGAUGGAAAUUACAUGAAGAAAUUCCAAGUUCCCAUUCUUGCUUCAGUUGUCUCAAUAGCCUUUAUUAUAGUUGUGCUUGCUAUCAUCAUUUUCGUUCAUAGAAAGAAGAGACAAAUGAAAGCUUCAAACCCAUCAAUUAUGUCGAGUAAAAGAAGCUUCACUUAUGAAGAGGUUAUGGUGAUGACCAAAAACUUCGAGAUAGUUCUUGGAGAAGGAGGGUUUGGAGCGGUGUAUCACGGUUAUUUGAAUGGUAACGAACAAGUGGCUGUUAAAUUACUCUCUCAAUCCUCAGCCCAAGGUUAUAAGCAAUUCAAGGCUGAGGUAGAACUUCUUUUGAGAGUUCACCACAUAAAUUUGGUAGCACUUGUUGGCUAUUGUGAUGAAGGAAACAAUUUGGCCCUCAUCUAUGAUUACAUGUCUAAUGGAGACUUAAAACAACAAUUAUCUGGAGAAUGUGCUACAACCUCUUUAAGUUGGGAAAGUAGGCUACAAAUUGCUUCCGAGACUGCACAAGGAUUGGAGUACUUACACGUUGGUUGCCAACCACCUAUGAUUCAUAGAGAUGUAAAAUCUACAAAUAUUCUUCUUGACGAGAAUCUCCAGGCCAAACUUGGAGAUUUUGGACUAUCAAGAUCUUUCCCAGUCGGAAGUGAAACUCAUGUGUCAACCAAUGUUGCUGGCUCUCCUGGUUAUCUUGAUCCUGAAUAUUACAGAACAAAUAGGUUAACUGAGAAAAGCGAUGUCUACAGUUUUGGGAUAGUAUUAUUGGAAAUCAUCACAAGACGACCGGUGAUCGACCAAACCAGUGAAAAGCCUCAUAUAGCAGAAUGGGUGGGAUCUAGACUAACGAAUGGAGAUAUCGAGAAUAUUGUGGAUCCAAGUCUUGUUGGGGAUUAUGACUCUACUUCUAUGUGGAAGGUUCUUGAACUAGCAAUGUCAUGCGUUAGUCCUACUCAGCCUGGAAGACCAAACAUGUCCCACGUUGCCAAUGAACUGAAAAUGUGUCUCAACUUAAGGAAAAAAGGGAGACCUGAUAUGAGCACGGAGAGUUCCUUCGAAGUCAGCACAAGGUUUGGCCCUGAACAUAAGCCUGAUGCACGCUAG